CGCACCUACGCGAAGUUGGCACGGUCAUGUCAGAAGGACAAGGUGGGUAUGGUGAUGUGUUAGUGGAGGCUUUCUAGAUCCGGUAGAAUGGCCGAGAAGAAAGCUGAAGAGAGUAGCGACUCGGAAGACUACCUGAGUGCCGACGAAGGCCUGGGAAACAGCCGAGGGAGCGAGAACCGACCCAAACUGGACAGUGAACUGGAAAAGACCAACGAGAGUAGAGAUUCAGGUGACUCGAGGGGACACCAAGGAAAUGGCGAGGUGGAAAACAGAGGGGAAAGAGGAGAGGAGGAAGAAACAAGAGAUUGUGACAGAGGGCAAACGGUUGAAGAACAAACAUCGGCUGAAGUUGACGUGGAAACAAAGACUGGGGGACAGAGCAGUGAUAGUGUAACUCACGAGGCAACGGUUGAAUCAAGGGAUUGUGAGAAGAGUGGGACAACUGGUGGAGAGAAUGCUGAACUGAAGGAAGGAGUGGAGAGGAGGGAAGGAGAGGGGGAAGGAGGUGAAGGGGAGAGAAAAGAAGGAGAGGAGGAGGAGGAGACAAGAAGGGAGGAAAAGGUAAUUGUAGAGGGGGAGACAACAGAGGAUGUGAAAGAGAAGGAAGUGGUGGCCAAGGAGGAGGAGGAGAAGCCGCCUAUCCCUCCACCCCGACGAAAGAGAAAGAAAAAACUACAGAAAAACCCUUCACUUGAAGACUUUGAGAAAUCGUUGGUUGACCUGAGAACACGCUCGAUGACUGUUGGUACUUGUGACAUGACGAGAGAGAGGCUUGCCACAUUGCCGCACGUCACCUCCCUCUCUUCCUCCCCCUCCCACCCGUCCUCCUCCUCACCCCCUUCUUCUUCUUCCACCGCAACCAGCACCACGACCACUGCAGCUGAAACACCAGACGUAAAGUCACCGGACCGACCUGAUAGUGGGGGGGUCAGGGGAGCCGAAAUUUCACCACCCUCUCCUCGAGCAGCGAAAUCUCGCCCGCCGUCCCACGAGACCUACCCCAGGAGGCAUCCGGGGGUUAAAAACGCCCCGUCGAUCUCGAUCGAGCCGGAUACGAAUCUGGAGCUGACGGAGGAAAUGGUUCACGGUCAGAAUAAAGUGAUGACUCGUGACACUCCGCUGGCCAAGGCAUAUGGCUCAGACAGACAUGAGGCCGAGGUCAGCAUUACCCCAAUUGACUGGACAUUUCUCUCUCUGUCCAUAGACCAUGAUACAUCAUAUUUGACUCUGACGAUGAGAGUGAGGGGGAGGGGGUCUACGGGAGCCAAGAGCUACCGGUACCGACGGACCACAGCGACUACGGACCAGAUACCGAGACCGCGACAGAACCAGGUGAGGGUUCGGAGGUGGUGAGAGGAGGAGGUAAGGGUGUGAGGGAGGGAGGGUGUGAGGGAGAGAAACAGCGCAAGGAGAAGACACCAGUGGGGGAAGAGGAGGAAGAGGAGGAAGAGGAGGGAGAGAGGGCACGCUCUCCUUCUGAUAAUCAAAUUUUGCAGAUGACGAUAGUAAAGAACUUGGAUACGGGCGAUUCGUUCCCUCUGAGUGUCGUGGACGAGAAGAUUCCACUGAGGAAUCCCCUCAAUCAACAUCUCUACAGACGAACGGCCGCCGCCAUGGAGAGCCAUGGAGACGAGGGGUCUGAGGAGGAGGGGCAUCACCGCCGGCGACCACAGAUACGAAAGAAAUUGAGGCACUUUUGGGGCAAGAAAAGAACAAAGGGACACGGAGAGGGCGGCAUGGGAGGAAGGGGGAGGGAGGGAGGAGAAGCCAUGUCUAGGAGUAACGUCACCGCAGCACAGGAACACGACACAACUAUCAAGUACAAACCAUCGUCACAUCACAAAGGGCCCUAUGAAUUCGACAGAGUGAGAUUAAGACAAGAUUUGACGGGACCGCACCUGGGAGCUGUUUGGGUAAUGGAGUUCUCUAUAUGUGGGCGACUGCUGGCGGUCGCCGGGCAAGACAGCAUAGUGAGGGUGUGGGUGCUAAGAACAGCCGCACAGUUCUUCCACGAACUACAAGCCAAAUACCAGCGUUUCGGAGUUCACUCUAGUGGAGAAAGUUUGGCUGAGAAGGCAAGUAUGGCCAGUACCACUAGUUCAGAGGAAGAUGAUGCAAAUUCGACGAAGGGUCCGUUUUUAGAGCAACCAAUAUGUAUGUACCAUGGACACUCUGCUGACGUACUGGACUUGUCAUGGUCUAAGAAUUUCUUUCUGCUUUCGUCUUCGAUGGACAAGACAGUUAGAUUAUGGCACAUAUCAAGAAAAGAAUGCUUGUGCUGCUUCCAACAUGUUGACUUUGUCACUGCCAUUGCGUUCCACCCUCGAGAUGAUAGAUAUUUCCUAAGUGGUUCGUUGGAUGGCAAACUGAGACUCUGGAACAUUCCAGACAAGAGAGUUGCCCUCUGGAACGAGAUAGAGGGAGUAGGGUCUCAUCUAAUAACGGCGGCUAAUUUCUGCAUGAAUGGGAAAUUGGCUGUCGCUGGUACUUAUGAUGGUCGCUGUAUAUUCUAUGAGACAGAGCAUUUGAAGUACCACACUCAGAUACAUGUCAAGUCUAGGCAUGGGAAGAACAGAGGUCGAAAGGUCAGCGGGAUUGAGCCUCUUCCGGGAGAAGAAAAGAUCCUGGUGACGACGAAUGACUCGCGACUGAGGCUGUACAAUCUCAAGGACCACUCCCUCUCCUGCAAGUACAAAGGGGGUCUCAACACAAGCAGCCAAAUCAGAGCAACGUUCAGUCGUGAUGGUCUGAGUAUAGUAUGCGGUUCAGAGGACCACUUUAUAUACGUGUGGAAGACGCAUCACGACGUGAACAAGUUAUCAUCAGUUCGCAGAGAUAGAAACGAAUUUUACGAAAGUUUCACAACUCACCACGCUCCGGUAACGGCAGCAGUCUUUGCCCCCGUCCCGGGGAUAACUGUGGAUCAAGGACUGAAAGAAGUAGGACAAAUGAUAAUUGCAGCAGACUAUCAGGGCGGAAUCAAAGUCUAUGUCAAUUCUGAAAAUUUGUGA